AUGAUCCUCACAACAUGCCCCGCCUGCGCCGCCCCACUGGCCCACAACGCCCCGCGAUGCGUUAGAUGUAAACUGAGGUACUGCAACAAAACUUGCCAGCAUGACCACUGGCGCCGCGGCCACAAGCAGAUGGGCAAGAAAAUACACCUUGGCGGCAACGCAGAGCAAUACCACGCCGACGAAAAAUACAAGGAGGCCGUCGCGGUCGCGGUCGAGGCGUGCGCCGACGAUGCGCGAGCUCCAGAUCAAGAUGUUCACGUCCCGAGCGUGGUCGGCCCAAAGUACCCUCCUCGUGGUGUAGAUGUCAUUUACUUGUAGUUGACUAUCGGUGGGGUAGUAUGGGACCCAGCGAGAUCGCUACGGCGACUACUGGGGCCCCUCGGGUAAUUGACGUUUUUGACGGGAACGGGGCGCCAUCGGGUCCAAAUUGUUUACUUUUUGUGGAUACAGAUCGGCUCGCGGACGCCCUCUGGGACAGGUCUAAGGUCGGGUGGUCCCCAACGCCGCAUGCGCUGGUUCUUGGGGCUCUCCAGUGAGCUCUGAUCGAAAUCUUUGGCAAAUCAUGGCCAAUAGAGGUAUAGCGCACAGGACCAUGGGAGAUGUAUCUUACACUGGAAGCGGCGGCGUAGGCGGCGUAGGCGUUUGCACGCGACCACUACAGACCCAAAAACGACCCCAGGGAGACCUCCGGGCCCCGCCUCGACAGGAUUCCAUCGACGCGGCCGUCAUGGCGCGACCGUCAAUAUCGCGAAUUAAAAAAAUUAUUUUUUUCGGCCCCCGGUAAGUGUCCCAUUGAUCUCUUUGGACCGUAAACGAACGGAGCGAUACUCGAACAGCUGCAUAUGCGUUGAGCUUGCUUGCUAGUGUCUUACACCGCUAGCUGACCCCGACGUUCGGAGCGCACUUUUGCUGCCUCGGCUGCACUAGGGCUGACGAUAUCAGCUGCACGCACAGCACACAUCGGUCGCUGCGAGGCCACGAUCUGCUGCCGCCACUGCAGCUGCACACUACUGAGUUACACUGCACACUGGGGCACGCCAGACAGCAACCCUGGCGCACCCACAGCAGCAAAACGAUGACGACGCGAUCCUCAGCGACAUCCACGUCGGCAGCGAAACGGACGACACGCUGUACGCGCUCCGCUACCGCACGGCCGGGAGCGCGACGGAUGCGGACGGCGACCUCGACCCGCCGCGGAGGCGGACGCUGCUCGUCGAACACGCGCGCGCGACGCCGCUCGCCGACGUGGGCCUCCAGGUCUGGCGCGGCGCGCUGGUCGUCUGCGACUGGCUCCUGGCCGAGGACGCGGCGCGGCCCUGGCUCGGCGCGACGAUCGCGGAGCUCGGCGGCGGCGUCGGCGCCGUCAGCUGCCUCGCGGCGGCGCUCGGAGCCACGGCGCUGUGCACCGACGGCCACCGCGGCGCCGUCGCGCUCGCGGCGCGGAACGCGGCGCGGAACGCCGCGGCCAUCGAGGCGGCCGGCGGCUCCGUCCUGGCGCGCGUAGUCGACUGGCGCGCAUACGCGGACGCGGCCGUGGACGCCGACGACGCGCUCGGCACCGCGGACGUCGUCGUCGCCGCGGACUGCAUUUACGACGACGCGGCCACGACGGCGCUCUUCGACGCGCUCCGGCGGGCGCUCGCGGCGCGGCCCGGCCGCUACGCCGUCGUCGCGCUCGAGAAGCGGUUCAACUUCGAGGCCGAGUCGCUGAGCGUCGUCGCGCACGGCUACCGCACGUUCCGCGGCGCGCUCGCGGGCUUUGACGCGGUCCGACUGGCCCUGCCGCCGCGCUUUGUCGACUACGACCGUGGCGACGUGGGGGCGCUGGAGUUGUGGCGGGUUGGUUGGUUGGUGUGAAGCGGUGUUUUGUGUUGUUUUGUGCGAGCGUUGUUGCGACCUCGGCCGACACCGCGGCGUGGGACAUUAUAGACUGCCAGUGUUACAGCG